AUGGGAAAUACGUCUUUGCAACCACCUCCACAGCAUCAGACACCCACUGAAUUUCCCCUAGAAAACUAUGAUAAUGAAGAACGUACACCUGUAACUGAUCAUGGUAGCAACACCCAAUUUGAUGACAUUGAAGAGGAAAAUGUACCAGAGACGCCGCUGUAUCCUCCACAAGUUCCCAGAAUGCAAUCCAACCAGGUUGCUGCACGAGCGACUCGUGUUUGGUCUGUUGCGGAAGAUGAAGCUCUGAUUGGGUUGUACUUGCAGAUUAGUGAAAAUGCUAUUAAAAGUACGAACCAGAAAGCAGCUGACCUAUGGCGCAAUGUACACGCAGCAUAUCAAAUGGCUCAGGCGGAGAAGCCGAAUAUACUUCCGCCAAGACCUAUGAAGAGUCUGUUGUCACACUGGAGAAGGUUGGCAGCAGACACACUACAGUGGAUAUCUUGCUAUGAUGAAGCGGGUAGACUUCUGGAGGGAGGGAGUGGUUACAACGAAGCUGACCGUGUAAAAAGUGCAUCGAAGCUUUUUCAUCUGGCCACCGGUCACAAUUUCAGUUUUCCUCACGCAGUUGAAAUGCUUAAUAAAGAUCCAAAGUGGAGGCCGAAGCUGAGAUGGUCCUUGUUAAAGGAGGAAAGAAAAGCACAGUACGCCGUGUUCGAUGAGGUUCUGGAUGGCCGAGCUCCUCUGGCUGCUGCUCGGAAGGACGUCGAAAGAGCUUUCGGUGUUUUGCAAGCUCGAUUUGCAAUAAUACGAAAACCGUCACUGGCGUACGAUGAGGACAUACCGCGGGACAUAAUGAAAGCAUGUAUCAUUAUGCACAACAUGAUUGUUGAAGAUGAGCGCCAUAACUACACUCGAGCCGAAGUUCUGAGAAGCUUCUACGAAGAAGAUCAAUAA